GAGCAAGCGGCAUUGUGUGCCCGCUGGCACCUGGCACGCCAGCGCUGGCUGCAGAGGGAACUCUGCCACGCAGGGGCAUGCCAGGAUUUAUUGCGCCACAGCGCAGCAGCGGGCGCUCAAAUAUCAGGGUGGACAGCGCGCGAUCUCUGGAGACGAGCGCAGCGGAGAGAGAGAGAGAGAGAGGGCUGAGCACUCCGAGCAGCUCACAGGACUGGAGAGCAGAAUUUCUGAAUCUUCAUAGAAGAUAAAGACGCUAGGAUGUGGAAGCAAGCCAAAAUGGGGGAUCAGACCGCCACAGGGCAGGGCACUGAUGGAACCCCGCAAAAGAAAAAAGGCACAAAAAGAAGAUCCAAAGUUCCAGGUGUCAUGAUCACACAGUAUGUGGACGAACUCCCAGAGGGAAUGACUACUCCGGACUUCACCCGCAAACCCAUCGCCUUGACUAUUCAGGAGGGCAAAUUGGCCAUCUUCAAGGCUGUCGUGAUUGGGAAUCCCGAACCAGUGGUCACAUGGAACAGAGCCAACGGGAAUAUAAAUGAUCCAGAGAGAUACCAGAAUAAAUUUGAUCCGGAAUCUCGUGAACACACAUUAGAGAUGCCCAAAGUGGCCGGGGAUCAAGCAGACACCUACAAAUGCUUUGCCACAAACGAAUACGGAAAGGCUGUCUGCACCGCCGUCCUCAAUAUUAUAGAAGUUGGAUACAAGAAGAAGAAGGCUCUGGCAGACGCAAAGAAAACUCCAUCAAAGGAUCCGACUGAGUUUAGAAAAAUGUUGAGGAAACGUGAAGGAAAGGUGGAAGUGAAAGACGACGGGGAACCAGACGAUAAAGUCUGGGAAAUCCUGCUGAGCGCGGACAAGAAGGACUACGAGCGCAUCUGCGUCGAGUACGGCAUCACCGACUUCCGCGGGAUGCUGAAAAAGCUGAACGAGAUGAAACGGGAGAGGGAGGAGGAACAGGCGAAGUUCAUCGAACAGCUCGGCAACCUGAGGCACAUCGAGGUGAAAGCGGCGGACAUGGCAUCGUUUGAACUCGACAUGGAACUCAAAGAUCCCAACAGCAGGAUCUUCCUCUACAAGGAUGGUGUAAUGGUUCCUUACAGCAAGGAUGAACACGAUGAAACAAAACACAAACUGAAGCAAGUUGGCAAGAAGUACAUGUUCAUCAUCAACAAUCUUGCGCCAGAGGACGCUGGGCUGUACCAGGUUGAUGUUGAAGGCGCCAACGUAUUCUCCACUGACUUCAAGAUUCCCCCGGUGGAAUUCCUCGCCAAGAUCCAGGAAGUGAAGGCGGAAGAGAGGGAGGACGCCAUCUUCCAGUGCGUGCUGUCCCUCCCCAUGCCGAACGUUGUUUGGAUGGGCAAGAACGCUCCCCUGAAAGCUGGAGACAAGUACGACAUCACAGUGUCCGAGGACAAGCUCAUCCACAAGCUGGUGGUGAAGGACUGCAAGCCCCUAGACAGUGGGAUCUACGCAGCUGUGGCUGGACUUAAAUCCUGCAACGCCUGGCUUAUAGUAGAAGAACCUGGAGUUUACUUCACCAGCGCUCUGAACGACGCAAAGGCCAUUUUGGGAGAGUCAGCAGAACUGACGUGCGAAAUGAGCAGCGCAGCCUCCAAGGGAGUGUGGUACCACGACGGAAAGGAGCUGUCCUCCUCUAAAGAGAUAAAAAUUUCUAAAGUGGGCGCCACUCACAAGCUGAAAAUCCUCAAGGUCUCCGAGGAAAAUUCUGGAAAAUAUCGCUUUGAAGCGGAGGGACGCAAAACGGAAUCGAUGAUCGUUGUGGAAGAUCCACCAAGGAUUGCUGAAGCUGAUAUUAAAAACUUCUGUUUGCCCGUCUCUGUAAAAUCCGGUCAGGCUACAUCCUUCAGGGUUCCAUUUGUGGGUCGCGAACCAUUCAAAGUGCAGUGGUUCAAAGAAGGGCAGGAGGUGAAAAAUGACACCAAUAUCAGAGUGGAGAACGACGAGGGAUAUACCCGUCUGGUUCUUCGCAAGUUGAAUCGUAAGGACUCUGGAGAAAUCAAGGUCAAGAUCAAGAAUGAGUUUGGCACCACGGAGGCCACAACGGAACUCAACGUCCUCGACAAGCCUACCCCACCCCAAGGUCCACUGGAAGUGAUUGAAGGCUCUUCCAGCUGCAUUGAGAUAAAGUGGAGGCCCCCCAAGGACAACGGUGGCUCAAAGGUGACAAACUACCACCUGGAGCGUCAGCAGGUGGGGCGUAACACCUGGAAGAAGAUCGGCAAUGUCCCCGGGGAACCGCCAAGCUUCAGGGACACUGACGUGGAACACGGCAAGAAGUACUACUACCGCAUCAGAGCCAUCACAGCAGAGGGCGAGAGCGACAUGAUAGUGACUGAAGACGUACAGGCUGGAACUAAAGCAUACCCGGGUCCACCAAUCGCACUCAAAGUGGUCAGUGCUUUCAAGGACCGCAUUAAUCUCCAAUGGGUCAACCCAACCAACACCGGAGGAACUGCCAUUGUGGGCUACAACCUGGAGAAACGCAAGAAGGGCAGCAACCUCUGGAGCCUAGUCAACCCGGGGGGCGAACCCAUUAAAGACAAACAGUACACAGUGACAGACGUCAUUGAGGGGCAAGCGUAUGAAUUCCGAGUGAGCGCAAUAAACUUCUCAGGCUCCGGAGAACCGAGCGUCCCCUCUGAGUUCGUGUUUGCGAGGGAGCCCAUGAAUCCCCCAGGUAAAGUUUCUGACCUGAAGGUGAUAGAUUCUGACUACAACACCUUGUGCCUGUCCUGGUCUAAGCCCCAAGCCGAGAAGGGUGGUCGAGGUGAAGCCAAAGGCUUCUUCGUGGAGAUUCGUCCAGAAGACGAACAAGUGUGGACUCGCUGUAAUACCAAUGCCAUCACAAUGAACAGCUACACCAUAAAAGGUCUGAAGCCAAUGGCUAUGUACUUUGUCAGGGUGGUCGCCACCAAUGUUGGGGGAUCAGGGGAUCCCCAAGAACUGAAUAACUACGUCCUUGCCAUGCCUCCCCCUGUGAGGCCAAGAUUCACAGAUGCGAAAAUGAACAGUUUCAUGGUGGCGAGAGCAGGAAACGCUUUACGUGUCAGCAUCAAUUUUGAGGCCUCUCCUUGGCCAGAGGUCACCUGGCUGAAGGACGACUCACCUGUGUCUAAGAGGGCAACCAUUAGCACCGCUGACGGCACGUCACAGCUCCUGAUUCCUUCAGCAGAGCGCUCCGAUACAGGCAUCUACACCAUCAUAAUCAAGAACCUGGUGGGCCAGGAAACCUUCAGCACUGAGAUCAGAGUCACAGACGAACCCAAACCUCCUGGUCCGGUGGAGCUUGACGAGAACGUUCCGGGCACGGUCACGGUGUCCUGGGCACCGUCUCCAGACGAGACCCGUGACGAUCAUCUCCACUACCUGGUGUCCAAGCGCGACUCAGUCAAACGGGCCUGGCACACCGUGGCCGACCGCCUCUUCAAUAACAAGUUCACCGUCUGCAACAUCAUGCCAGGCCGAGAAUACUACUUCAGAGUCUACGCCAAGAAUGACAUGGGCCUGUCUAAGCCUUCUGAAUCAACAGUCUGGUCAAUCACCAAGAAGAAAGAAAAGUUCACCUUGAACGUACCUGAAUCCAAGGCCGUCAACUUUGAGCGUCCCCCGAAAUUCCUGACCGGUCUGAAGAUGCACGUCGCGCCCCAAGGCUACGAGUGCUACAUGACCUGUGCCGUGCGGGGCGACCCCGCGCCCCACGUCACAUGGUACAGGGACAACGUCAGCCUCAACACCAACACCAACUACUACAUCACCAACACCUGCGGCGUGUGCUCCAUGCUCAUCCUCAGGGUCGGGCAUCAAGACAUGGGGGAGUACAAAGUCCUCGCGGAAAACCCGCUGGGCCGAGCGGAGUGCUCCACCAAGCUCACCGUCAGAGAAUAAACCACCUUCAUUUUCAAGGCUGCAGCUCUAGACUUUGUUUUUUUAUAGCCAUGUUUUCUUUCUGGAAAUCUUGUUACCUUGUUUUAUUUUUAAUGCAGAAAUAACUUACUGUGUGUGUUUUAAAAGAAACUUGUCAAAUCCAUUUCAGGCUAUCAUCUUUACUUAGGAGC